AAGACUACAUACCGUAUACCCAGUUGUUGUGUGUCCGGACAGGUUGUGUGUCCGGACGAUCAAUUUUAGACAUAGAAAGUCAUUUUUAGACUUAGAAAGUCAUUUGGAAAAAAUUACAAGCGAAGUUUCAUCAAUUUUUAGUACAAAAUGUUAGGAAAUAUUAUAAAGAACAAAAGAGAAGAUGAUUAAUAAGUAUUGAAUUCAUAUUUUUAGUGUAAUCCAAAGACAAAAAAGAAGGCUUCAAAAAUAUAAAGUGUCCGGACACCCGACCCCGGCCCCCCAUCCUACUUACCUCCGAAAAUGUACCAGAGAGAGUGAAGCGAUACCAAGACCAAGUGCAGCUUACCGCCGGAGAUUCCCGACCCGAGUUCAUCGAGAGACCGUUACCAUAAAUAUCGGUGCGCUUUCGGUGGACGCGGACAUGGACUCGACCUCCGACGUAUCUAUGCCUGCAACCCGACAGUCGCGAUCCGAUGGUAAAGUUCAGUGGUAAUAGACAAGAAGAAGAUAUCCUUGUCAUGUCAAGCCAGUCGAUUAUCCUACAUUGUCACUGACUGAGACUGAGUGAGAAGGCUGAAAUUUGGGGUGACGCUGAAUUCAAGACAGGAUAGUCAGCUAGGAAACACAGUGCACAGGGACAAUGGAUAUGAAAUUGAAAAAGAUUAAGACUUGCAAGAACUCAAGUACAAAAUUAACUAGACUCUCUCUGAUAUUGAUAACUUUAAGUUUAGUUUUUCUACAAAUAUGCAUGAAAAUUCUUGCUGCAUCUCCAUCAUCUGCUCCAAAUUCAAGCCGUUGUAUAUUUGAUGAAGUUCAAAAGCAUCAAAACAUUGAGACAACUCUUCUAAACUAUCGGGUUCCUGUUGGUGUAAGUGCAAAAUCAAAAAGGUCAUUGGAAGGAGAUAUCUACCAGCCUAUCAGAGUGAAGACUUUUGUUCAGAAUGUGGAACAUCUUAAAGACUCAGUGCAGGUCGAGAAGCUUGAGACCAUCAUGGCUGGUGCAACAUCUGUUAUUCAAAAACUGCUGUCAGUUUUUCCUGUUGAAGGCCCAAUGGUAAUUGAUAGAUCUGAAACAGCUUGUAGAACUACAUAUAAUGGUGGACAGAAUGAUGGAAAGUGUGCAGAAAUUUCACCAAAUUAUAGAGAGCAGUGUCUAGAUAAUUUUGAGAUUCCUGCUGAUCAUCUAGGUGGUCUGUGGACAUGGGAUGCUGUUAACCCAGAGCCUUCAGUCACCCAUUAUGAGGAAGGAUCCGGCAUUCCUAAUUCUGAUAUCGUGAUCUAUGUUAAGGCUGAGCAUACUGAGCGUUGUGAUUCAGGGGAUGUGUUUGCGUAUGCCUCCUACUGCAAGCAGGAUCAGUUUCUCAGACCUAUUGCUGGAGUGAUCAAUUUUUGUCCCAACCCUCUACUGAGUGGAGAAUAUGAUCAAGAUAAGUUUACCCUGCUUGCCUUGCAUGAGGUAUUUCAUGUCCUUGGAUUUUCUACAAGUCUUUUUGACCAGUUUCAAGAAUGCAGUGUAUUUGAAGGUGAACUACAGUGUGAGACCAGGGAUGAUGUAGUGAGAGUAGAUGCUAUGGGACAGUCAAGACUUCACACCCCAGCAGUUGUGGCUGCAUCUCAGGCUCAUUUUGGAUGCUUUGAAGAGGAAGAAAGAGGUGUUCCUCUUGAAAAUUUGGGUGGAGAAGGUCUCUCAUCUCACUGGGAAACAAGAUACAUGUAUGGAUCGGUCAUGGCUCCUGCAAUCCUACAGGCACACUCAACCUUCCUUGAUAAUAUGACCCUGGCUGUGUUUGAGGAUUCGGGUUGGUACAAAGUAAAUUAUGAAUAUGCUGGGGACUUUCUCUGGGGUAAAGGCCAAGGAUGUGAGUUUGGAACGGUUGAGUACUGCUCUACAAACUUCACCCAGUUCUUCUGUAAUAAUAGUGUCUCAGGCUGUGACUACCUAGGGCUAAACAAGGCUACAUGUACCACAAAUACCUAUCUAGAUGGAUGUAAGAUUUAUUGGCCAGAAACUGAGAAUCAGUGUGUGUUUUCUUCCGUUGAUGGGAGUCUCAAUAGGACGGGUGAAGUAACUGGACCUGAGAGCAAAUGUUUCUUGUCAAAUUCAUUUUUGGAGGGAUCAUGUACCCCGGGAGAUCUAGAAGGCAGAUGUUAUGCAACAAGAUGUGGAAAUUCUUCUGAGACAUAUGAAAUCCGUCUCUUAGACUCAGAUUGGAUUCCAUGCCCUGCAGAUACAAGUAUUCAGGUACCUGGUUAUGAAGGCGAGGUUCAAUGUCCUUCUGUGGAAGUUGUAUGUAAGAACCAUUCCUCUCUCGUAAGUCUGGUCGACCCACCCUGUCUGACCUGUUCUACGACUACUACUUCUGCUUCUUCUAUAUCAACAACUCAAACUACCCGAGGUGAAGUUCAUGAUGAAGUUAAUUUCUCAUUAGAGUUCAAUGACCUUUCUUACUCAGAGGUCAAUGAAGGGUCAGAGGUCAUUGCCUUCAAAGCUGUUUUGAUUGAGUGUAUUGCAGAUACUGUUCUGCUUCCUCAGAAUCAUAUUGAAAUUCUGGACAUUAUUGCUGGAAGUGUGAAAGUCUUUGUCAGCAUUAAACCUGAACGUGGGGACUCCCAAGUGUCACCGGAGGAUGCAUACAGCAGUCUCUCUGAGUUGGUGAUAUCAGGAGAAUUCAGUAUUGAAUAUAAUGACAACAAUUAUACUGCUUCUGCUAUCAAGCUAAUAUCUGUCAGCACCCAGACCCCUACCCAAUCCUCAACCGCUGUGGCCCCUCCAUCACGCAAAUCCCCUAUCUCACCCCUCACCAUCGUCAUGCUAUCCAUCUUGGGGGCGCUCUUCGUGACAACCUUCUUAUCUGUCUGUUUGUGGAAGAACAAGAAGACAUCCACAACAAUAGCCCCCACCCCGAGGCCGACAGCCAGGGAGGGGGCAUUACCAGGGGAAGCCUACAUAGUCAGAAAGGGGGAGCGCCGAUCAAGGAGUGAUAACACACCAACGAGAUGAUUUGCUUUCAUUGUGAUUUCUCCUUGGGACGGUUUUCUACCUCUGUCUUUAUGUAGAGUACUAGAUGGCUACUACAUGUGGUGUGCUUUGUCAUCUUGAAUUCAUCUUUAUUUUUCUACCUUCCUAUUUAGAUUGAUUAGAAGAUGGUCUUAAAUAAUAUAUUUUCAUCCCAAGACCGACACCUAUGGGGAGAGGGCAUUACCAGAACUGGCAUUGCAUAUUUGUAAGAGGAGAUUGCUUAACAAAGAAAAGGUAUUUUUAUUAAAGUAUUGAAUUGAUUAUAAGUGAGAGUGGGAAAUAAAACAGAGAUAUACAACCAAGUUGUGCAAUAUAUGUACAUUUGCAUGUACUUUGUAUGAAAUUUUUAAAUGUCAUUCAUUGUUAAAAAAAAACCAAGAUAUUAAAUCAUAUCUCAUGGAUAUUCUGUAAUAAGUAGCAAAUUGCAUCUUAGUAAUGCAUCCCCUUUUUUAAAACUAAACUUGCAUCAGUAUUACAAUAUGUUUAGGCAUUAUCCUGGUUUAAGUCACCACUCCAUUCACUGCCGUUUAUUUUGUCAGCGGCGGUGACUUCUUUCCUCUCCCAUUGACUUUGUACACAAUGAGCGCACACACACUGACACACACGAGAAGAGAGAUGACUUAUUUCAGGAUAAGGCCCAUGUUUAUAGAAAAAUCAGUAUUAUGAAAAUAAAUGGGUCAAGGGAAAAGUUUUAAUAAACCAACACCAAUUUUUCUUCAAAGUUUUUUCAAUAGAUUUUUUUUAGUGUGCCAUCAUGUUAUUCAAUAUUUUUCUAUAGCUUUUAGUAGCACUUUAAUGUGAUUAUUAUCCUAAAUAUAAACAAAUAAUUGUUUUUUUAUCAUUAAAAAUACCUCCAAUGUACUAUUGAAAGGUUACAUUCUUGGAUGUGAUAGGCUGAUGACUUAGAAGCAUUUCUACAAAGCUAUUUGCUCAAAAACUUAUGUGUAACUUUAUAUGCCAUGUUUAUUUGCUAAUAACACAUAGGCCUACAGUAUACAAAUAGCAAAUAGGCAUGAGUGCGAUGGUGCGAGAUUUCGCAUGAGGUGAAAGAAAGAUGCUCUAUUCAACAAGGCGAAAUCUCGCACCAUUGCACGAAUAAGAAUAUUCACUAUUUGUGUUGUAAAACGCCUCGGAAUUCAGCGAAAAUAUGAAAAAACAAGUUUUUCCCUGUAGUAAUCUAUGAAAAGGGAGCAAAAAUAUUGAAAGCGAAAAGCAAAAUCUCACAAGCGCACAUGACUUUGGGCAGCAUUGCGCAUUUAGCCAGCAGGCUUAUACACGUAUUGCACCUUUAUUUUAACUGAGCGCAAUGAAUUAAAUCAUAUUGUGACGUCACCUCCUUAAGCCGUGCAACGGUACAUUUUGGAUGGUACGUCUUGUGUGCAACGGUACAAAUGUUUGGCAUUCAGCCUCCCAUUUGCUCGCAUUCAACAAGCUAAGUAGACGUUGUACAAUGUAACUCAUGAAAUAUAUUCAUAUACUAGGGAAAAACACAUAAAUAUUCUUAUUUUAGUACUAGUAAGAGCAUACUCAUUUGUUUAAAAUCCAGUUUUGAUUUUGUGUGCUUAUUUAAGAUAUAUCUUCAAACUACAUGUAUUUUUUUUCGACUCCAUGUAGGUUCUAGGAUUAUUAAAAGGAAUGUAACUCUUGUAUGAAUACAAGACUGUCGUCCAUGAAUGAACACUUCCAUUUUAUGAAACAGUAUUGGAUCGUCUUUCACAAAGCAUGAUUAUCAAUGAUAAGCUACAAAUUAAUGUUAUAAUGUACUAAAAUUCCAUAAUUUAAUUGGUUAAGAGCAGAUUUAUCAGCUUUUUUUCUUUAACAGGUCACAGCGGUAAACAUUACCUAUAUUUAUUGAAUAUGAGGCCAAGAAUCUUGUAUGUUUAUGAUUUCAACAUAAUUACCAUUUCAUUUUAAAUCAUGAAAAAUAAUCUAAUUGUGUUUCCAUGUUUCUUGUAACAGUUUACUAUUUUUGUAUUGUAUAUUUGCCACCAUAUAAUUCCCCAUUCACAAAAACUGAUGAUUGAUUUAUCUUGUUUUAGUUUUUGUUUUUGUUUUGAAGAUUUGAAUCUUAAAUGGUUGUUUUUCUGAUAAAUUCUCAGGCUUGGCUGCUCCUUUGGUUUCCCAUUGUAUUCACAAAUUUAAUAGAAUUUUUUAAUUGUAAAGGCCAAAUAUUAAGACAAUCAUAUCUUAAGAUCCAUUGUCUGAUGAUAUCAGUUUGUUGUGUGAAUCAUGAAUUAAAUCUGUAUCCCAGGAUUUCUUAUUGAUUUGUUAAUGAUUUAUGUUGUUGAUAGGGCUGAAUGAUAAUUGCUGAAAACUACACUAUGCAUUGUAUACCAUUUGCUGAUAACUAGUAAGCUUUGUAUAUUUUAAAGUAUUUUUAGAUUUGUAUUAUGAUAAAAACUUGCUGUGCUUCAUACAUUUUAUGGAUCUAUUAACAGUAUUUUUAGAUAUUUAUUAUGAUAAACCAUGCUGUGCUUUGUACAUAAUUGAUGAAUUAUAGAGAUAUGUACAUAAGAAAUUAUGUAUUGUAUAUUUGUUUGGUGAUCUUUUUUGUGAUUCCAGUUUUCAUUUUUUUUGUUUAUUUUUUUAAUUAAAUUUGUUUAUUGAAUCUGAGUUUGAAUACAUCUCAUUACCAUAUUUUUAAAAGAUUAACAAUGAUGAUGAUAUUUUUAUUUGAAUCUGAUCAGAAUGUAUUUCUAUAUAUUGGAUAAGAUUUUUUUUAAAUUUAUUUUUCAUUGAAUUUGAGUUCAAAUACAUCUCAUUAUUUAUUAGCAGAUGAUGAAAAUAUAAUUUUCUUUGUAUUUUAAGAGAAUCUGAUUAGAUUGUGCUGCUAUACUGGAUACAGGGUAUGUGAGCUGAUAUACCUUUAAUUUUUUUAUAACUAGAGUAGCUAAUGGGAUUAGGGUUCAGUCCCCCCCCCCCCCCCUCUAAAAAGUGUAUAUGAAGGUCUAAAGGAAAAUUGAAAUGUACUUGUGCAGAACCUGUUGCAUCAAAGUCAUAAGUCUGGUUUACGUGGCUAUUGUGAUGUUGAAUUCAUAAGGUCAAGCGCUAAUUUUUUUUAUAUUGCUUAAAAGUAUACAGUUAAAUCUCCAAAAGUCCUUAUACAUGUAUUUCUAUAUUUCUGUUUUUGCUAAAAAUAUAUGUAUAUAUUUCAUUUUUGGAAAUUAUGAAAUGAGAGUUUAGGUUUGUGAAAGCAUGGCAUCUACAUGUUAUAUACUUUUUAAAAGUGAAAGUAGAAACUGAAUGUUUGGUUGUGCAGUAGUUUUUUUUUAUUUUUUUUUAAAUUUCUUCUUGAAGGGUACUGAUUAUGUUCAGCCUUGUUUGUAUUGUGUAUAAUAAGUACACUAAUGUUAUUGAAAAGUUGAAAUUCCAGCAUUUUUGUUGGAGAUAAAAACUUUAAGAACAUACCAACUACUAAAAGAGCACAUUGACCCAUUUUUGUGUCGCCUUAUUAAGAAAAUACCAAGGACUAAGUGGGCAUUUUGACCUUUUUAUGUCACCUUAACGAGAUAUACUAAGUACUUAAAAAUAACACCUUG